AUGAAUCAAUCCAGUCUUGCAAUCCCAACUCUCUCGCUCUCCUUAACCCCAAUCCCCAAACACCCAAUUCGUCAGCUCUCAGCUCCAAUUCGUAGACAGAACUUCGCAAACCCUAGACUUCUCUUUCCCCUCCGGCUUAAUGAGACGCCGGCUUGUCUCGCCGCGAAAAGGGUUUUCCGGGUUAGAGCUUCAGUCGACGGAGACGGAAAAACCGGGAAUUGGGUGAACCGGUUACCGAUUCCGGGACUCGGAGCCGAAAAUGUCUUCAGAUUGAUUUCAAGCGCGACGGGAAGUCCAAUUGGACAAUUCAUAUCGUCCCCUGUGACCUUCCUGCAUUCGGUUGAUCCCAGGAUCAAAUUGGUAUGGCUAUUAACUCUAGUGAUACUUCCAGCAAGAGCAAAUAUAGCUGUGCGUUUAGGACUUGUUCUUUGUACAGCUCUCUUGUCAAUCUCUGUUCUCCCUAGACAAGUGUGGAUGGAUCAAUUGGCGAGAGUGUCGCUUCUUUCGGGGAUCCUCUUCAUAACCUUGGGGUUAGGAUCAGACGGUGCACCGCCGAUGCUUCAAUCAAGAACACCACCAUCAGCAAUCACAAGCUUGCCUGAUCUUCCCAUGUCCUUGAGCGGUUAUUCGUACAUGUUACUAAAGCUUGGUCCUUUGCAAUUCACAAGGAAAGGUUUGUCUGUUGGAAGCACAGCUGCUUGCUUAACCUUCAUUAUUUUCCAAAGUGCUAGUCUUUGUCUUGCAACCACAACACCAGAACAACUUGCUCUAGCUCUGAGAUGGUUCUUGUUCCCGUUGACAUACAUCGGUGUUCCAGUCGGUGAAAUCAUUCUCACACUCCUGCUUUCACUCAGAUUUAUCAAUUUAGUUUUCGAUGAGGUCAGAAGCGUUGCGCUUGGAAUUGUAUCCCGGAGAGUAAACUGGAAGCAGCUUACUGUUCUUGAGACACUUGAUAUUUUUGCUUCUUUCAUUCGCCGGAUCUUCAAGAACAUAUUUCGCCAUGCAGAGCAAAUCUCGCAGGCGAUGAUUGUCAGAGGCUUCAGAGGAGAUAGCAGUAGCCACAAGAUCUACUUCUUCUCGGGGACAUCUAAUAAGUUUGCAGAUUUUGCAUCAGUUUUGUGUUUAAUCGGUGUAAUCUCAACCGCACUCUUGUCUGAAUACAUAUUUGUCUAA